UUUGAUGAAGGGGCAUUUGUAAACUUUGGAUAUUCUUUUAAAAUGAAGCAUUUAUCGUCUAUCGAUUUCAAGGACAAUGUGCGAUUCAUCGUGAGAAAGGAUCUGAAGGACAUAGGCAUCAAAGUACCGAAGCAGAAAAACUGUAAAGUUCAACCGGCUGACAAGCAGAAUAGAAGCGGCGUAUUCGGAGUGUGUCUGGAGAAAGUGACUUCUGUCAACGUUGGGAAGGAUUUUUACUGCAGUGUUCCAAAAUUCGUGGUAGAUUCUGCAAAUUUUCUUCAGCAACAUCUAGAGACAGAAGGACUCUUUAGAAAGUCUGGAUCCAUUCAACGACAAAAGCUGCUCAAGCUAAAGGCAGAAAAUGGGGAAGAAUUUCAAAAUGUCCAACCUCACGAUGUUGCAAGUUUGGUGAAGCAAUUCUUCAGGCAGUUACCAGAACCAUUAUUGACCAAUCAGCUCCACGACUGCUUCAUAAAGGCACAGCGAAAGGAGGAUCAUGGUGACCAAAAAAAGGCUAUCUUGCUACUUUGUCUUUUGCUUCCCAUUGCACAUCUCAAUACAUUGCAGUUUACAAUGAAGUUCUUGGCCAAAGUAGCAAAGUGUUCACAUCACAGUAAGAUGGGAACCUCAAACCUUGCCAUUGUUCUUACUCCCAACCUAAUACACAACACAAAGAAAGAAGGCAACAGUGCCUCAGAAAAGCAACUAAAGGAGCAGACAGCAGUCAUCGAUAUUAUUCUGAAAAAUGCUGAAGAAAUUGGUUUAGUUAGCGAAUGUAUCUAUGAACGUGCAAAGAUGAUUGGAGAUGAGUUUGUUGAUGGCAUGACAUCAUCAGGCGAUGAGCUUGAUGUUGACGAUAACUGGAAACGAGGCAACAAAAGGCAGUCAAGGGCAAGAACUAGAACUGGUUCACUCUCAGGCUUUGUUUCUGGUCUGGGCCAAAGUCUUAGCAAGUUCAAGAAUUCGUCAUCUGCUAAAACACCAGUGCAUACACACAGGCGUUCAAGGAGCAUGAAAGCAGAACUAAUGAGAAACAAGGUGAAAUAUAACCUUGAGGAAAAUGUUUUGGAUAAGAAAUCAGAUGAUCUGGAGUUAGAGAAUUUUGUGGCUCACACCAACCAAAGGAUGAGCCUGAGGCUUUAUAACAAGCGACGGCCAGCAGAUCAAAAUAUCUGUUCUGCUUCACCUGCAGUCAAGAGACGAAUGAUGAAUGAUGUGAGCAAUAUUCAGGGAAUCAGCAACCCACGUCUUGUAUCAGCCUCCACCCAGAUGUUCACCACACCUAUUAAACCACUCCAGGCUUCUUUAAAGCCUCUUAGUGACAUGGUAAAACCUGGUCACAGUAGGAUAUUGCCAUCAAAUGAGACAGAGCAUGUGAAAGUUGUUGAUGCUAUGUCCUAUGUGCCCUCUCCAAAUGAUAAGUAUCUUGGAACUCAUUGCCUUGCAUCACCUGGUAUAAGUAUGGGUUCAACUGACAUGUCAACAAGGCAUGGUGAAGUGUUUGAAUCCUCUACAGCUGCAGCUGACAAGUACAAACAGUUUGCAUCACCACGUAGAAGGGUCAGAAGACGGCAUUCAUCAGGUGCAACAACUUGCUUCUCAUCCUCUCCAAGGAACAGAUAUCAAGCAAGCUCUAAGAAUUCUGUAGCAAAAGAGUUAGCACACGGCAAGCAUUCUUUACUCAGCCCUACCUCAUUGCCAACAGAUGGAAUGGAUAUCAGUCACAUUUCAGUUGCUGCUACUGUGGAGCCAGUCAAAGAAAACACUCCUAAGACUCGUGUUCUUUACUCAGGAACAGCUUUGCUUAAAGAAAAUACUAAUCUAACACCCUGUAAAUUCCACCGUGGAACCCCUCCCAUGCCAGUCAAUAAUAGUGAGCUUCGAGAAGUGCUGUCUCAAAGGAUUUAAAAGAUGAGUGUCAAAUAAUCUUGUUUAAACUAUGAGUGUCAAAUAAUCUCAUAAACCCAUGACUUAUAUUGUUGUACUUAAUGACUUCAAAAUUUUGUCCACAAAAAAAUCCAUUUACCUGCAAUAUUUGAAUAGUCUUUGAGAGGGUUUCAUUUGAAAAAGUGAAGUUUAUGACUACAACCAGUGAAGAACAUCCUGAAGAUUUGUUGAACAUUACUCUGCCUGUACAUGUUUGAUCACAGGUUUCUAUUACUCUUAUUCUCAUCUCAGAGGCAGGGAAUGUGAAGAGCAAUGAAAGGUGUUCUUCAUUUCAUUGAAAAACAGGGACCAGGAAAAAAUAUGAUCCCUUCACAAGAAAUAAAACCUCAGACCUGAGAUGAGGUGUUUGAUUCCUAAUAAGGGACUCACUUUUUUUCUCUGUCCCAUGUCAAUAACAAAAUGAAUUAUAUCUUUCUUUAUUACACAACUGAUCUCAAAAUUUACCAUUUUCCUCGUUCUAGUUACUCACAAAAACAAUUAAAGUCAUUGAAACAUACAGCGGAGUUUUGAUUAAGGGUAGAAAUCACAAAUCAAAUGCAAGUAAGGAUUAAAUCUUGUGGAAGUGCUGCUUCUACUGAAAGAUGAGGUAAUUUCUUGAUUGGUUUGAUUGGAGUAUCUCUUUCACUCCAACAAACCAGAGAUUAAGCCAUGGCCACAGGGCUGUAAGAGAUGAUAAAUAUCACAAAUCAUUGGUUGUGGAAGUUCAUAUCAAGUAGUUAUCCAGAUAAUAACUGUAAAAUUGUAUAAUUAGUAAUUGUCAAAUUGUUUAAAGUACAUUUUUUUAAAAUUAAUGUCAGUAGAUUUAAAUGUAUAUCAGAACUUCAAAUGUUCAAUUUUCUUAAUAAAGAAGUCAUCACUUAUUGUGCACUUGCUGCUCCAACAUUCAUGGGAUUGAGGCU